GGGCUUCUGAGUCAAUCGCACAGUUUUGACAGCUCUUUAACAUCCUGUUCGCCCAUUAAAGAACGCACUCACAUCAGUCCCCUCCGCACUUCGGAUACAAGCCUCCUUCAGAAAUCUCAUCGAUGUAAUAGUAAUUUUGGUGAAAUGGAAGACGAAGGAGGUGCAAUAACAGCUAACAAUGAGGGUCUUACAAGCCGGAAAACAUUUGGGCAACGUCAUUCUCAUCAGAGUAGGGGAUCUUGGCAACGGAACAGCCAUCAACAGCGGCAUCCAUCCGGUCCCCGUAUAAAUAAACAAGGGUUUCCCAGCCAUACUGGUAGCCGAAGGUCAACGAGCAAGCUUUUAGCGACGGUAGGGAAUGGAGAGGGGGGAGGGGGACUGCGUCACUCGAGGUCUGACAGUCAGUUGGAUUUGGUUCUGGUAUCUUCCGAGAACUAUCAUGUUGUAUCCAGAAGCGAUGGACUAAAUACUACUAAUGCAGCUGGUGAAAUAGCGCCUACUUCCAAAAAUGCUGGCUAUUGGAGAGUAGCCGGCAGACCAGAUAGAGAGUCGCAUGGUAUUCGAUCCACUGGCCAAUAUCCAGCAACUUCAGGUCUAGAGUUAAGUUUGAGAACUCGAAGCAGAGAAAAAAGGAGUAUGGCUAGUCCAGCCCAUUCUCGUGGACAAGCGCUGGCUGAUGAGAUGCAGAUUGGCAGGGCCAGAGAGCUACAUGGCAGUAGUGUAGUUCUUAGAUCAGACAGCAGAGGUAGCUGUAGCGACCCGGCUAACAGUAUGGCUGAUAUAACAAUAAAUAGUAGAGGAAAAUCAAGCAUGGUCUCAAACACACCCUCACGAGGUCGCAAGCGUCAUGGUCACAGUCAACCCAGGCGCAAUGAAUACUCUCAAACGCCGCCAGCUACCACUGGCUUGGUUGCCAUCCUGGGAGAGCUGAAGUCGCGCAUCUCAAAUUGCAGACAGGGCAGUGUUACUGCAACAGUCAGCCUUCUUGAUCGUCAGAAAUCGCCACCGGCGAAGCAAUCUGAAGAGCAAAGAAUGGCUGGCACAGUGAAAAGAAGCGAAAAACAUCGUUUGGCGGAAAAAGCGAGUCAAAAUGCUAUGGGCCAUCUUUCAUUAUCAGGCAAAAGCGAUGCUCAAGCACGAAAGCGGCUACCAAAUAAAGGCACUGUAGUCCCUUUUACUCCAUCCUCUUCUACCAGCAUCAGUGAGCCAGGCUGGAAGGAACUAGAGCUCCAUCGUAAGGAGACCCAGCCCACUGAGCAGCAGCGCAAUCCUUUAUCGGAAUCUACUAAGCUACAUGGAGAGAGCACUAUUGACAUUUGGAUCCGCAUCUGUCGGCCAGAGAUGAGCGCAAAUGCUUGUUUUCCAGACUCAGGUAGCUUCGGAAUCGGUGUCUCAGAGGGUCUUUCAAUUCCAGGUAUCUUUGUUAGUGCAAUUCGCGCCAACUCGCCAGCUGAUAAAUCAGAGAAGCUUCAUCUUUAUGACCGGAUAAUGCAGGUAUAUCUAAACUAUGAUAAAUAG